AGAUUGAAAAGAUCCAAUGCUUGUCAGUGAAAAAGUUGGCGGUGCAGAAGGAACUAAGCUGGAUGAAGACUUCAAAGAAAUGGAGCGGAAAGUGGAUAUUACCAGCAAAGCUGUGGCUGAUGUCCUGACAAAAACCACAGAGUACCUUCAACCAAAUCCAGCAUCCAGAGCUAAACUAACAAUGCUGAACACAGUUUCGAAGAUUCGUGGUCAGGUAAAAAAUCCAGGCUACCCUCAGCCGGAAGGGCUUCUUGGAGAAUCCAUGAUAAAAUUUGGGAAAGAUCUGGGUGAAGAAUCAAAUUUUGGAGGUGCUCUUAUUGAUGUUGGUGAAUCGAUGAAAAGGAUGGCUGAGGUUAAAGAUUCCCUGGAUAUUGAAGUCAAACAGAACUUUAUUGAUCCCUUACAAGGUCUUUGUGAUAAAGAUUUUAAAGAAAUUCAGCAUCAUUUGAAGAAGUUGGAGGGUCGGCGCCUGGACUAUGACUACAAGAAGAAGCGACAGGGUAAAAUUCCUGAAGAGGAGAUCAAACAAGCCAUGGAGAAAUUUGAUGAGUCCAAAGAAGUGGCAGAAACUAGCAUGUACAAUCUUUUAGAAACUGAUAUCGAGCAGGUGACUCAAAUGUCAGCCCUAGUGGAGGCACAACUGGACUAUCACAAACAGGCUGUGCAAAUUCUGGAAGAGCUCUCUGAUAAGCUAAAGGAGAGGAUACGGGAUGCCUCGGGUCGCCCCAAACGUGAAUAUCAGCCCAAGCCAAGAAGCACUUACACCGAAUAUGGAGAUGCAGACCAUUCCAAUGGUGGUUUCUCUUAUAGCGGGUCGACAAAAUCACAGGCCUCCUUCCAUUCAGACAAGCCUAAUAGGACGCCAGCCAGCGGAUCCCCCUCACACCUAGACCAGCCAUGCUGCAAGGCGCUGUAUGAUUUUGAGCCAGAGAAUGAAGGAGAACUUGGCUUCAAGGAAGGUGACACCAUCACAUUGACCAAUCAGAUCGAUGACAACUGGUAUGAAGGAAUGCUGCAUGGCCAAUCAGGUUUCUUCCCUGUCAACUAUGUGGAUGUGCUGGUCCCACUACCUCAGUGAGUGCUGAACUGGACACCGGAUACAGAUGUGGAGAGAGGGAGACUUUCAACAUUCCUUUUAAUUUAAAACACUAGUCCACUUCCAUGGGUUGUUUCUCACAGUGCAGUGUUACAUUGCGUGCAAUGCAUCAUCAUUUUAUUUUUGAAUUGACAAAUAUUUGUUCUAUGUUAAUGUAAGUGCAGCUCCAGUUACUCAGCAUGUAUUGCAAUAUGGUUGUGAGAGGUCAGCAUUUAGUUCAGUGGAUCCUUAUGUGUAAGCUGUCCAGUUCUAGCAAAGUGAAAGGGCUGAUAUUAAGCAUUUGCUUUGCAAAGGGAAUAGCUGUGACAGUUAUUGCUCCCAGUGUAUGAGGUGCCCUUUCUACACUGCUCAUCGGUUAAAUUAGUCUCAAUUGCACGGUUGAUGCACGUGAUCAUGGGUCACACACAUCACCUUCGUUUUAAACAUAUCUUUGUAAUUACUGUGGUUCCCAAUUCAUUUGAACGUAGGGGUUAUAUCGAUGUAAUUUACGCUGUACAAUGACUUGGGUUGUGCAGUGCACCAGACACUAGCCUUUCAAUUCUUGUCUGGGUUCCUCUUCAGCCUGAACUGAUAGGGUGGUUGUCUCCUCUGUCUGCAAACUAAAAGGAUCAUAUCUGAAAUGAGCUUGGCCAGGCCGAAUCCAAUAUCUGCAGCAGUUAGCUGGCAAUCAUUCUCAUUCUAUGGGAUACAAUGUGACUGUUGUGGGAAUUGGACAACCAUCACACUAGUGGGGGAUGCAGCACUGUGGUUGGAAGAAAGUGAAUAGUCAGAGCCAAGUAGAGAGCUUAACCUUGGCUAACUAUUGUGACACUGGGUGUCUGAAAUGGAAAGUAUCCAAGUGGUGAUGUUAACCAUUACAACUUAAGCCGUGAAUUUAACAGGCUUUCUUUGCCUAACCCACCACUGCCUUCUAUUUUCCCAUGUUUACAUUAACUAUCCACUGUGGAAGAACCUAAGUUUAAGAUGUGAAUCAAAACAGGACUUUCAUCCCUCUCUAUUUUAAACUUAGCUAUUUUUCCCGAACAAUUCUGUCCGCUGGUUCGUGACAGAUGUAUUUUCCCCUCCCUCUCAGUUAUGACCUUGUAUAAUUAGCAGGGGAACUUUGUGCUUCUAUUCAAAUCAAUCAUUACCUUUCUUAGAAUAGGAAGAGGGGAAUAUAAGCCAGGUUUCUGCUCAUGAUCAUUAUCUGGCUGGUGAAGGUGUUUGCAGUGGCUGGGAUGAGGAGAGUAUGGAAUCAUGCUGUGUUGUGAUAACUGCCAUAGACACACAGUCCAUUGACUCAGAAAUGAAGAAUAAUACCUCCUUGAGUGAGGUUCUGGAAAGUGUCUGGUGUGCUUUGAAUUGCACAACAGCAAGAAUCAACACUUUGAAGAAAGGAAGAAAAUGAGGAGGGGACAAGCAUUCCUUUUACAAAAAAAAGCAUCACUUCCACAACUGACCCAGCAAUCAAAUAGUUUGGACUGAACUCUUUGCAAUCACCCCUGCACCCCAACCCCUACCCCUGUCUCUCAUCCGCUCUCCAAUCCAUUAUUAAAUUGCAGGCCUGUAAAGACCUUUUUACUGAGGUUGAAGGUUUCUUACUGCUAAAAUGGUGAAGUCUCAUUCAUGACUUUUGAGCAAUUUGCACAUCAAAGCUGGUGCUAUGAAUACUAUCCUAUGGUGUAAACACAACAAAUCUGGAAUUGUCCCAGAUCUGUCAUAUAAUGAGGCACAUUUCAGUCUUUCAGUGAAAUGGAGAGAGUAAGCAAGGGGUUACUCUCACAUUCUUUGACUUCCCUAAGCCCUUAUCCUGUUGCUGCUGCAUCUGCUUUAUGGAUCCAAAAAAGGGUGUGCACAGGAACAGUUUAAAAUUCUGACUUGUCCUUCGUCCUCCGUUCUCUCUUAACAAACACGUAGAUAACUGGAAUGAAUUUUGUUUUCUGACAGACUUGAAAUGUUCCCACUGUAAUUUUCUAUGGUCUAACUUUUAACUGUCUUUGUUUAAUGAUGAGCAAAUCUCAGCUUCUGGUAACUCUUCCUGUUUUGACCUCCACGAUGUUGAAUGAUAACCUGGUACAACACGUGCAGCAUGCAUCUGGCAGGCAUCAUGCUGUCACACUCCCAUAUUGACACUAGCUCUUUAACACUAAUCAUGAUGUACCAUAUAUCUGUCUAGUACUUUUUGAUAGUGUUGUCAACUCAUCGUGAACAUUAGAAGAUUGUGACCAUACCUGUACUAAUGCUUUAUGAAUUUGAUCUAUCUUUUGAUAAUUAUAAAAGCCAUGGGCUUAUAACUCAAAAUAUGUAUCUUUUUUACUGUUUAAUCCUGCAUGUAGAUUUAUGUUUAGUACAAUUAUAAACUAUGUAGUGUUCUGUUCAGAUUAUGUAAAGAUUAUGUAAAGAAUAAACAAAUAGAAGGUAAUAAGA